GUAGUGGCCGGGUAUCAGUCUCAUCGGAUGUGUUAGCCGUCCGCGCGUUCUGUGUUCCAAAUCGUUACAGGAUUAUUUGCUCCAUUUUAUAUGUAAUGGAACAUUGGAAGUGGAACAUUUGAACUAGUGUUUGGUGUACAUUUUGAUAAAGUUAUUAAAUAACAAUUAAUGAAGACAAUAAAAGUGACAAAUAAGGAGUUCAAUUUGAAAACAAGAUUAUAACAACUGUUAUAUAUUAUUUGUGCAAGUUGCGACAUAGUGUUCCUGUGAAGAAACAAUUUAUUUGUGUAAAAUGACUAUACAAAUGAAUGACGAAGUAAAGAAAAUCAGUCGAUGGAGAGUUGUAUCAUCUCAGGUAUUAGCAUGUUUGGCGCUAGAUUUCCUGCUGGUGGGUCUAGGCAUGUCUAUAAGCUUCGUGACUAUGGUCUUGCCUGAAGUCUUGGAUGCAAAGGAAGGCCUCUCUAUCAAUAAGAAGCAAGCCUCGUGGUUUGGAAGUAUGGCGUUUUUAUGUCAACCACUGGGCAGUAUAUUUUCGGGGCCCCUUUUGGACUAUUUCGGGCGAAAGAAGGCUUUAUUUCUGGUUAACAUUCCGCACUUAAUUGCUUGGCUGCUUAUGUACCAUGCUUGGAAUGUGCCUUCUCUGUUCGUCGGCAACGCACUCUUGGGUAUUGGGAUCGGUAUUAUGGAGGCACCAUCAGUUACCUACGUCGGAGAAGUUACUGAUCCAUCAAUCCGAGGAUGUCUUACAACACUGACAAAUGGUUUUACAUCCGCGGGAAUGUUCGUAGCGUACUUACUGGGCACUGUGUUGCCAUGGAGACAGGCAGCACUUGUGUCGCUAUCUGUACCUUUAGCAACGAUGGCACUCGUAUUAUUGGUACCUGAAACACCAAUAUGGCUGUUGUCGAAAGGUCGCCAAAAAGAAGCUCUAAAAUCUCUGUGUCGUCUACGAGGUUGGGUGAAGCCGGAAGAUGUAAAGGAGGAAUUUGAACAACUUCUCAAAUACAAUGACCUCAAUCAGCAAUGCGUAGUUUGUUUUAAAGAUGGAGAAAGUGAUAUGGGAUCUUGUGAGCAUAUGAACUGUGGUAUUAUUGAAGGAAUCAUAUUAAAGUUCAAACAUGUUUUCUUCGUCAAAGAAACAAUGAGACCAUUCACUUUGGUGAUGGGGUACUUUCUUUUUCAUACUUUGAGUGGUCUCAUACCUGUCCGUCCGAAUCUGGUCAACUUUUGUAAGGCUCUGGGCAUGAAAUACGACGCUAAAACCUUCGUGGUUAUAGUAGGCGCUGUACUUAUAUUAAUGAAUUUGGUAUCGGCUGUAAUAGUGAAAACGAUAGGGAAGAGAAAGUUAGUUGUAGGAUCACUCCUAGCCACGGCGUUCUGCAGUCUUGGUAUCAGCGUGUACGCAAGUAUCAAGACUCCUAUGUCUGUAUUCUCCUAUGAAAUGAGUACGUUCCCGGAGGCAAAAGAGGUGUGGCCAGUUGCCUUACUAAUGGCGCUAGUGUGCGUCACGAGCUUGGGUAUUCCAUGGAUUUUAUUAUCUGAGGUGUUUCCAUUUAGAAGUCGAGGUAUGGCGACAGGAUUGGCAGCGGCACUCAACUACGUCAUAGUGUUUAUAGCGACAAAAACCAAUUAUAACUUAGAAGCUAGUUUCCAUAUAAGCGGUACAUUUGCUAUCUACGCCAUACUUACAUUUAUAGGAACAGUGUAUUUAUACUUAUAUUUACCGGAAACGGAAAACAGAUCAUUAGCGGAAAUAGAAGCAUAUUAUAAAGGAAGUCAAAAAAUAUUCGCAGACGACUGUCUUAUUAAUGCAUUUAGAAAAAAGAAACCAAGAAAUAACGACGUGAUUAAACCUAUGCUAGUCAAUUAAACUUAUAAUUUUAAUUGUGUAGUAUUAUUUGUUAUUUUAAAAUCACUAAGAAAACUACUACUCAUUACGAGAAAAAUGCUCAAAUUGUUACUGCCUUAAUUAGUCGUAUGAGAUAGUGAGAUAAUAUCUUUUAUUGUUAAUUUUUCUAAGACAAUG